AUGCUUUCAAAUCACUUGCUCCGAUCAGGAUUCAAAUCGAACACAGGAUUGGCGAUUCAUAAAUUGCUCAUGUCCUAUCAUCCGCAUCAACAAUUAUUAUGCAGUCCAGUGAACACAUCAAGUUUUGUAGAACCAUUUACAAAUCAAAUCCACAAUUUUUCAAUCAAGCUCCGAUGGCAUAGCAACACGAAUAAAGAAGAAGAUAGGACCACCACAAUAACAUCAACAAGCUCCAAUAGAGAUCCUAGUAAUAGAACAGAAAAUCUUUCUAAUAUUCGUGAAACAUUUCAUCAUUAUGCCUCCACCAUUCCGAGCCAUUUGGUGAGAGAAUCAACACUCCCUCAUCAUCAUCAACAACAUGUCAUCGAUAAACCCUUGGAUCCCAAACAUCCCUAUGGUCCCGAUCAAGUCAAAGUCCAAGAAAUCAAAUUAAGAAAACAACGCAAACAAUUAGAAUUACAUUUUGAAAUUACUCGUUCCAUGAUCAUCAUGAAUAAUAAUGGAGAGGAAGGCUCACAAUCUUCAACACUCGAUCUGGUUGGUACUCUCCCAGCCGAGUUAUUGCGAGUAGAGAGCCCUUCUGCGGAGGUUCAAGGAGAGAAUGGUCAAAAGAGACUCAUCUAUGGCAAGAAGUUUGUUCAAAUCUUGCAAAUUGAAACAGUCGGUUCAUAUGCAAUCAGGCUCAUCUUCUCGGAUGGACAUGAUAGUGGCAUCUAUUCGUGGAGUUACUUGUACGAAAUGGCACAACGGAAAUAUUCCUUGAUGAAACAAUAUAUUAAAGAUUUGAGAGCAGCAGGAAAGAGUCGUUAUCCUAGAGAAUAUUUGAAAAAGAUGAAGGACCAACAGCAACCAAGUUCUUCAAAGAAUGAGUAG